AUGGCUUUCACACUGUCUUGGAAACUGAGCCGUNCGGUUACUGAGUUUCUCGACACCACUGAUCCUGUUUUAAGUGAGAGUUUGAAGCAACGCAAGUUGGAAACUGCGUACCUCACUCAUAGUUGUGAAAAAAUGAUGAAACUCAACGUAAAACUUCAAGGAAAUAAAAUGAAGGAAAUCAUAUCUUCAUUCAUCGCCAAAUUUGAUAUCUACAAGUCAAACAUUGGUCGCAAGGAGCUAAUGCAAUUUCUAACCCUUAAGUGUUCAAUGGCAGAUAUCGAGAUUCUCGAAAAUAAAAUCUUAAAUUUUACUGAUCACCUUGAUCAGUUAUGGAGUCAAGAUUUAAAGAUUUGA